GGUAGGCAGAUGAACGGAGGUAAGGGCUGGCGGGUAUAUUGGCGUGCGGACGGACGGACGGACAGAGACAAAACUAAUACUCCCCUCCGGUUUGUCCGGUAAGGGUCUUAUAAGGUUUUUUGGGGGUUUUUUCCUUUCAGAAUAUUACACCAAACCCCACGUGCGACCUCCAGGCAAUGGCUAUAACGGAUCCGGAAGGCGACACGAUAACACGCGUGUACCUGGCGCCCGGAAACAACAGCGAGCGCUUCCGGUGGGACAACGCCGCCGAGCGCCUGUCGUUUCAGACGGGCGUGUACGACGUCGACCUGUCUGGCUUCCCUACCAGCGUGCUCAUCACCAUCAACGCCGAGGAUGACAAGGGCGAGACGGGGACGUCGAAGAUCCUCAUCACCGUCACCGACCAGAACGACAACGUGCCCGUCUUCGGUCAGACGAUCCAGGCGUUCAGCGUGACGCAGGGCGUCACCGGCCUGGGCACGCUCGGCAUCAUCACCGUCACCGACAACGACCUCACGUCGCCCAACAAAGACGUCGACCUGCAGAUGGUGAGGUCGGUACCGCCGAGCGGCAUCAACUACUGCAACGUGAUCGGCAACAACGACGGCACCGCGGAGGUGCGCUUCAUCAACACCAACUUCGAGUCGGCGGUCGGCGGCACGACGGUUUUCCUCACCAUCAGGGCCACCGAUCGCGGGUCGCCGCAGAAGACGUCGUCGGGAACCGUGGCGGUGACGUUCAUCACGACGACCACGUCGACGACUACGACUACGACGACCACAACGACAACUCCGACGACGACGACGACGACGGCUGCGCCUGGAUUCUUCGACGUGCCGGCCAACGUGGCGAUAUUCGCGGUACUCAUGUCUAUCCUUGGUCUGCUGUUGCUGGGAGGGUUGUUCUUCUGCUUCAGAUACUGCAUGAGAGGGACCUGCACGGGGCCAGGCGGAGCGUGCGAUUUCUCAGAUUCGGGCAAUGUUCGUCAAGUCCGACCAUCAUACAACGGGCACGAAUACGAGAGGUUCCGCGGUUCAAGAAACAAUUCCCCCCAGGAGCGGUUCCGAAACGACCGCCGGGAUGCGAACAGGGGACAGUACCCAGAACGGCAGAACUCGAGACCGCCCCGAGAAACACGUGAAUACCGUGACCCAGGUCAGCGAGACCCGGAUUACAGGUCAGCCGACUACAAAGAUGAAUUUUGGAAAUCAGGUGACCAUUUCGAAGACGGAAGACCGUGGUCAACAAGUCUGGUCAGACUGGGUGGAAUGAGUGGCCAAGGGGCGCGACCACCACCUGCUAUUAAACCUUAUUAAAGGGAGAGAACCUGCUAUUAAACCUUAUUAAAGGGAGAGAACCUGCUAUUAAUCCUUAUUAAAGGUAGAGAUGCGGAUACAAAACAACAUGGGCUAGAGCCGUUUGUGAAAUGGUCCAUAUACUAAUAUACUCUA